AUGCGCCGCCACCACGAGCCCAAUUUUUACCCAAGUCCUCCGCAUUCCCUGGAUUCUGAAGGGAGAUCGGAUUCGGUGCCUUCGUUGCCGAAAAAAGUUGCCAUCAUCGAGGAACAGCCUAAAAAUUCGAAAUCUAAACUUACAACUCUUCAUUUUUUGACUUAUGGCUUGGCGGUUUUGGCGUUGUUAGGACUCGGAGGAACUGUAACGUUUUUGACGUUGUGGUUAACGAAUGAUACCGAAACUCCAACGACCGUCCAAUGGCCAGCACCAUCCAUUACACCGCUAGGAAAAUAUGCGAAAGCUACCGUAGCGGCCGACAAUCAGAUUUGCUCAGAGAUUGGGAGAAAUGUACUCCUCGCUGGUGGCAAUGCUGCCGACGCCGCUGUAGCGGCACUUUUCUGUCUAGGCGCAACUGAUGCUCAUUCCAGCGGUCUUGGUGGCGGCCAUUUCUUGACUUAUUACGAUGCCACCUCGCAAAAAUGCUGGGCAAUCGAUGCGCGUGAAAUCGCGCCCCUAGCGGCUACCGAAGAUAUGUACGUGAAUCGGUGGAACGACAGCGAGUACGGCUGGCGCUCAAUCGCGGUUCCCGGCGAGCUUCACGGCCUGAGGACAGCGUAUGAAAAAUUUGGAGGGAAAGCGGCGUGGAGUCGUCUGAUCGAGCCGACGAUACAAUUGUCGCGGGACGGUAUCCCGGUCUCUUGGCAGCAAGAAGAAGCGCUUCGAGAGCAAGCGGAUUGGCUCAAAACGGAACCUACGAUGUACCAUUACCUUGAGAAUGGAAAGGUGAAACAGAAUGGCGAUCAGGUUGUAAGACGCGAAUUCGCGGACACGCUUCAGCAGCUCGCCAACUCUAACGACCCCAUCAAAUUAUUUUACGACUCCGCUGAGCUCACCCAGAUUAUGGUUGAGGAGAUGACCAAGAACGGCAGACAAGGACUUCUCACCCGCGAGGACUUCCGCGCAUAUCGCAGCUUGUUAUACGAGGAAAAGGAUCUAAUGGUGGCUGUACUACCCUCCGGUCGCAAAAUCUGCGGGCCACCCCCACCAAGCAGUGCGGCAGUGGCCAUCGCCAUUUUGCAACUGGCCUGUUUUUCCAUCGCUUUAUCGAAUAAAUUUGCAUACUCGGGGCGGACUUGGUUGGGCGACCCGAAAUUCGUCGCCAACGCCACGGAUAUCGCGAGGAAUCUGACGACAAAAGCGUGGGCGGAAUGGGUUAGAACCAUGAUCACCGAUGAAGCUCACGCAGAUUUGUACUACGGUGGUUCGUACUCAAUGCCGGUGCCGGAUCAUGGAACUACGCAUCUUUCGGUAAUUGACAAAAUGGGUAAUGCCGUCUCCGUGACGUCGACGAUUAAUUUAUUCUUCGGCGCAAAAGUGGCAUCAGACGCCUUGGGAAUUAUUUGGAAUGAUGAAAUGGAUGAUUUCAGCACUCCAGGCCAUCCAAACUAUUUUGGGUACGAGCCAUCUGCUGCCAAUUUUAUUAAACCUGGCAAGCGGCCGCUGAGCAGUAUGACUCCAUUGAUAAUUAUUGACAACGAUGGGUCUAAGCGCAUAAUGUCAGUUGGGGCAGCGGGCGGCUCGACGAUUAUUACAGGGACUGCAGGAAUCGCGCUUCAUACAAUGUGGCUAAAUUCUACCGUAAAAGAAGCCGUCGAUUUUCCUCGGAUCCAUAAUCAACUCGAGCCAAACGUUACUUACUACGAGGAGGAUUUUCCAAAGGAACUCAUCAAAGCCCUCGAAAAUCGAGGCCAAACCAUGCAAAGUACCACUAAUUUAACCGAGGCUACGGGUGCGAUUCGUGAGGUUGACGGGCAGCUGUAUGCGAAUUCGGAUUUCAGAAAAGGCCAAGAAAGCGCGCCGGCUGGAUAC